CUGAGGUGUGAUUCCCAGCCCGCUGAGAUGGGUGCCGCGGUGGGUGCAAGGCCGGGCUCUCCUCCUUGCGGAGGGGAGAUGGGAGGCGCGGGGAUGCGCAUCCCCCGUCCCGGCCGGGCAGCUCGGGCCGCUCGCAAGCGGCGGGACCGACCCGCGGCUGCGCGCAGCGACCGCGCCCGGGGACGGCGGCGGGGCCCGGCCCGAGGCGGGGAUGAGCGCUCGCAGCCGGGCUGGGGCCCGCCCCUGCGCCGCAUGCACUGCCCUGCGUGCCGGGCCGGGCGCAGAGCCGCACUGCAGACCGGGCUGGACACGGCAGCAGCGAUGCUGCAGGAGGGGGAGAGUCGUAUCUUCACCUGCUGGGCUCCCCGGCCAGCCCCCGGUGCCACACUGGCCUGGUACCUCAACGGUGAGAGACAGGAAAUCAACCUCUCGACUGCAGACACUGCCAGCGUCCUCACCCUCACCGGCCAGCGCUCCGACCACCAGCUCAACUGCUCCCUGACCCUCCCGACCUCCAGUGAGACCUACAACACCUCCAUCCUUCUCAAUGUGCAGUAUAAUCCAGAGGCCCUGCGGGAAGGUGCUCACCACCAGCAGGCUGAGGGCGCUGGCCUUCUCCUGGUGCUCUUUGUGCUGGUGCAAGCCAACCCACCUGCCAGCACCACCUGGGUGGACCAGGAUGGGCAUGUGAUGGCCAACACCUCCAAGUUUCUCCUCCUGGGUACCACAAGCUACCCAGGGCUGGCCAACCACUCACUCCACAUCCAUCUCAGCUGCACAGCUGGAAACCUCUCCAUCAGUGCAGCCAACAGUGUGGCCAUCACCACUGCCUCCCUCCUGCCCACAGGUCUGCUGGAUGCCCGUGUGGAGCUGCCUGUCCUGGGUGUUGCCGUUGGAGCAGCCCUGGCUCUAUCUGCCCUGCUCAGCCUGGGCUCCUGUGCUGCCUGCCUGGCAUGCCGCUUGCCCAAGCUUGCGCGAGGUCCAGGGCAAGCAGGAGGGAACAGCCUGCCCAGCCAGUGCUCCCACUGCAGCAGCUCUGAGCCCCCGCAGCCCCAGGGCACACGUCUGCCCCGCCAGACCCAGUCCCUGCCACCCAACCUGCGCCUCAGUGACCUUGCACAGGAAGAUGGAGCUUCCCCCAAGGACGCAGGAGCCAGUGCUAGGGGAGAAGAACGUGCCCUGCUGGGGCUGGAAAACUCCCUGGUCCUCAGCAGGCUUGGUAAGGGGAGCAGGUGGGCAAGCAGCCCUGAAAGAUGUGUUGUGGGACAUGGAGCUCCGUGGCUGCCCCAACAGGCAAUGAGUUCUUUGUCCUGCAGGUUUUGUCCAGCUCCCAAUGUCUGGGCGCAUCUACAAAGUGCCCAGCACGAGCAGUGAUGAGAUCUGGCUGUGAGCUGCAGCGUGGUGCCCGUGGGCCAGGGCUGCCUGCACCAGGCACGUGCCAGCCCUGGGGCUGGGCAGCUGAGGGUGCCAGGAAGGCUGUGAUGGGAAGCAGCAGCUGACCAGCCCCAGCUCUGUGCUGUGCAGGGCUUGGGAGCUGCACUGUCAGCCAAGGCAUGGUUUUAUGUAGCCCUGAACUUUACCGAUAUUUUGUUAUAAUCAAAAUGCAUCAAAACUGUUCCUAGCCAGGCUCCAGCACUGUGAUUCCUCUUGGGGCAAAGCCAAGCACCAGCUUUGCUUUAGCAGUCUGUGACUCGCUGCAUGAUCCUCUUUGCCCCUGUCCCUGCUGCUGUGGCAGACAGGUGGGAUGUCAGUGGAGCAGGGGCUGAGGAGAGCCCUCCCAACAGCAAUAAACUGAAUUCAAUCA